GGAAGGCUUCGCAAUUACUUAAGAAUAUGUGUAGGACAACCAUAGCCUCGACUGUAGAUUGAAUUGGUUAGUUAAUAAAGAGCGCUUUUAGUGAGCUGCCAGGACUUAUGCGCGGAGGAAAGACUGAGAACGGCGAGAAGGCUAAGGCAAUGCGGCUCGUGCUUUCAGGAUUGCAAACCGCGCGCUCCGGCGUGCGGUGCGAACGCUCCGUUGGUUUCCUUAGCAGCAAGGACAGCGCAAGGGGCUUCUGGCCUCUUCGCUUGCCCCGCCAGAAUGCGCGAGUCUGUGCCCCUUUAGCCCGAAGUUUUUCCACUUUAUUGAGAUGCCAGCACUUCAGUUCAGAAAAUAAAGAAGCAGACAAAAGCCUCAUGACUCCAAUGCUGAAACAUCUCAUUAUGAAAAUAAAAUCAACUGGUCCUAUUACAGUUGCUGAAUAUAUGCGGGAAGUUUUGACAAAUCCACUGAAGGGGUACUAUAUGCAUCAAGAUAUGUUUGGAGAACAGGGAGAUUUUGUUACUUCACCUGAAAUAAGUCAGAUAUUUGGAGAGUUAAUAGGUAUUUGGUUUAUUAGUGAAUGGAUGGCUACAGGAAAAUCUCCAAAAUUUCAGCUGGUAGAACUGGGCCCAGGAAGAGGUAGUCUUAUAGACGAUAUUUUAAGGGUUCUUACUCAGCUGAGUUCCAUACUUGCUAACUGUGAAAUUUCUAUUCAUUUGGUGGAAGUCAGUCCAAAAUUAAGUGAAAUGCAAGCAUCAGUGCUGAUAAAAGAGAAAGUAGAGUUGCCAGAAAAUUCCAGUGCUUACAUGCAUGGAAUUAGUAAGACUGGAAUACCAAUUUUCUGGUAUAGAAACUUGAAUGAAGUGCCAGAAGGCAAUAGUUUUUAUUUAGCACAUGAAUUUCUUGAUGCGCUGCCUAUUCAUAAAUUUCAGAAAACAGAAAAUGGGUGGCGUGAGUUGUUUGUUGAUAUUGAUCCAGAAGCUUCUGAUAAGCUGCGAUUUGUCCUUGCACUAUCUGCUACUCCUGCCUCAAAAUCCUUCAUACAUGAUCAAGAAUCCAGAGAUCAUGUGGAAGUAUGUCCUGAUGCCGGUGUCAUCAUCCAGAAGCUUGCUUCUAAUGUUGAAAACAAUGGAGGAGCAGCACUGAUUAUAGAUUAUGGUCAUGAUGGAACCAAAACUGAUACUUUCCGAGGAUUCCGUGGUCAUAAACUUCAUGAUGUAUUUCUGUCACCAGGAUCUGCAGAUCUCACUGCUGAUGUAGAUUUCAGCUACUUGCGAAGAAUGGUACAGAAAAGAGUAGCCACUUUGGGACCUUUAAAGCAAAAAGAAUUUUUGAAAAAUAUGGGCAUUGAUGUUAGAUUGCAGGCUCUCAGAGGGAUCCCCGGCCAAAUAAGAAGAGGGAGAAGCCAGGGCAGCAAUCGAAUGUUCUACGGAGGGUACCUGCAAUAGUUGAGCCAAUUGAGGUUCCAUGUUAUAAUUUUGUCUUUCCGAACCACUGGGAGUGAGAAGAGAUGCCAGGCUGCUCCACUGGUUGCAAACUACAUCCGUGAAGAGCUUGGGAGCAGGAAUGUAGAGUUGUUGAGCAACACCUAGGACUCGGAUGGUCUGCCUAGGACACACCUAGGACUUGCCAGCACCGGUAUUCCAAGUCUGAUGGUAAUGGAAGAAACCUCCGCAGCUCUUUAGAAGCAAAGCGGGGGGGUACGGCGUGAAAGCACUGCUUUAAAUUGAAGCCCGCUCCUCAGCUGAUAGCUGCAAGAUCAUCGGGCAAGAAAGCACAUCCCAUGCUAGCUGCUACCCUAGUCGGCGGGGUAGGCUUCUAAAUGCUGUCCGAUCCACAGGAGCAAGAUGACUAGCUAAAAUCCGACUCCUGAGGAAACGACGUGGAGCGGCUAGAUAAUGGCCAUCGCAUAUUGGGCGCCUUCGGCGCUGCCACUAAGUCUAAGCACAAGCCGGAUUAGUGCCCUGCGGCUGGAGGCUGGGGCCGAAUUCCUGAAGCUGCCUCCCCUCCCAAAUGGAUGUCCAGCGGGUUGGUGGCCAAGCGGCCGUGUCCGUGAAAGACAGCUGAAGCUGCUUCUGCUUUUAUGCAGUGCUGUCAAACGCUAGCACAAGGGUAGAAGCCAGGGAAUGAUGACAGAAACGGAGCAGGGAAUGAAAAAAACCUGAAUCUUGAAUUUUCCUAAGGUCCAGAAGUGAAUUGAACAGGAGCAAAUUGAAAAGGUGUCUCUGCUCAGAUGACUGAGUCAAAAACUGGGGCCAAAGGUCACAAAUAAUUUUGGCCAGUCUCUGGGCAGAUUGCACUGUAGCAACCCACUUCUGGCCCAUUUCGCAUUCCAUUGGGAGACAUUCUUGUUAAGAAUAUUUACCAGACAUUAUACCAAAGACAUAAAAUACCUAAUCUUACAUAUCGUUACGACAGCAAGAAUUUCAUACGCACAAAAUUGGAAAAAAGGAAAUACAACAACAGAGGAAGAAAAGAUAAAAGAAAAUUUUAGAUUGUGGCGAGAUGGACAAAUUAACAAAAGAAAUUAAAGAAAAGGAAGAUACAGAACAUUAUGUAAUAUGGGAUAAAUGAUACAAGUGGCUGGAGACUAGAAAAAAUGAAUAGUGAUGAAACAAAACAGUUAUAAAAAGGGAAUGUACGUUAUGUGUUUUGUGUUUGCUGUGUUGUGUUGUGUUAUAAACUUAUUUUUUUUAAAAAGGAGAAGGAUUACCUGUAUAUGGCUAUUAGCGAGCAGGUUAUAUUCAGAAAACAGAGAGCUAGUACAAAUCAAGUAACUUUUCAUUUGUAAAUGCAGCUCUAUACUAUUUUGUUGUAAUAAAUGGUUAAUGUAUUAAUAUGAUAUGUAAUUCAUUUCAGAAAAAUGAAGGACAGAAAACGAUAUAAGCACUGGCUCAUUCUUGCUUUUUAACAUAAGCAGCCUGUCCUAAUUUCUGAGGUCUCCUUCCUAAAUUCCACAACUAUUAUAUCAUGCUUAUAAUAAUAAAACAUCCAACAUGUCUUGGCUAAACAGGCUAUUCAAAAAGGUUGCAACUCAAGUUUGCUACAAGCUAUUGCCAAGAAUAUCAUUAAAAACACUAGCUGUUGUCUCAUAUUUCACUUCAAUAGUGCAUCUUAGUGAGCUUAAGGAAAAAUCUAGAACUGGAUCAAAUUUCACAUAACAGAUUCAAACUAACUUGACAAUAUUGUAAUACUAAUCAUUCUAAUAUAUUUCAAUAGAUCUCUUACCACAAGUCUUUUUAUGAAUAGAAAAAAACACAGUAGGGAAAUA